UAUUUCUAGUACAACAUUGCAUUAGACUGCAAAAACAUGAGUGCGUUAAAGUGGCGAACUAAUUACACUUGUGUCGUACAGUUGUAUUGAUAAGGGACUAAGUGUGAAGGUAAUUUGGACAGUGAGUGUAUCGCAUACAAAGCUUAUAGCAGUAUCGAGUGGCAUGGAGGUGAUCCCUGCCGCGGGAAGCCGCAUCCUUGUGGCUAUUUUUGCCGCAAUUUGCUGGAGCGUAGGUGUUGGAGGACUUCACAAUUUAGAAAUCAAUGUGCCUAGCGCAGUUCUUCUAGAUGAAACUGUAACACUCGAAUGCAGCUGGCAAUUAGAAGAUGAAGAAGCAUUGUACAGCGUUAAAUGGUAUCGAGGGAAAGAAGAAUUUUACAGAUACAUUCCCAAAGAAUUACCACACACAAGAGUAUUCCCAUUACCAGGAAUCGAAGUUGACAUAUCCCGGUCGGGCGCACGGCGUGUGGUGUUGCAGCAAGCGACGCCAGCGAUGGCGGGCCGCUUUCGCUGUGAGGUGUCCGCGGACGCACCCACCUUCCACACGGAGAUACGCUCCGCUCCCUUAGAAGUUGUUGAACCUCCGGAAUGGGGACCGAAACUAGUCUCCGACCGGUCGUGGUACGGCGUCGGAUCAAAUCUGCGAGCUACGUGCGCCUCCCCGCCGUCUUAUCCCUCUGUAAAUCUCACCUUUGCACUUAACGGAGAGGAGAUUGACAUCGAAUCUAUAACACACGAGUUGCCACCAUGGUUCAAAUGGGAUCCACCGUUAAAAUCCGAAUCGACAACAACAGAGCGCUCUGACGAUGAAAUGAAUUUCAACGUUUUUCACGACGAAGAGAACUUGCAAUACUUAGAUGAGACGUACAUAAAUCUACAUAAGGAAGAGAUAAGGCGUCCUGCAAAGGAAAGUUUGAAGCCAAUAUUUGAGAGGACGGGGCCAGAUAAUAGAACCCCAACGGUCGGUGCGGUAUCGUUCGUCGUACGUACAGAAGCGUUCGAACGUGGCAGCCUCAGGCUUACCUGUAUCGCUAAUAUAUACAAUCUGUACGCAGCACGUACAGAAUUAAUAUUUGAUAUGGAGCAACCUGAAGUUGCUUCAGUCCUCGGAGUACGUAAUAGAAGCACAGUUCCGAGUUUCAUACAUCUUUGGCUGUUUGGUUUGCUGACAUUACUUUGGCUGAGCGGUCGGUAGUUUUAUUUAGUGCUAUAAUAAGGACAAACUUGUAAGUAAAUUAUAGGAGUUGAAAACGAAGAUUUCAAUACCAUAGUGUACAAAAAUUCUGGACAUAUCCGAUAGUAAUGGGUCAAAUAGAAAUUUAACUUUUAUUUAAAUUCCAAAAUAAUAUUGUAAAUAAAUAAAGUA